AUGCAGGCCGUGGCCGCCGCAGGGUACCGCGCCAUCGCGCCGGACUGCCGCGGGUACGGCCUGUCGGACCAGCCGCCGGAGCACGAGGAGCCCUUCUGGGAGGACCUCGUCGCCGACGUGCUCGCCAUCCUCGAUGCCCUCUCCAUCCCCAAGGUGUUCCUGGUGGGCAAGGACUUCGGUGCCAUGCCGGCGUACGACUUCGCGCUGCGGCACCCGGGACGCACCCGGGGCGUGGCGUGCCUGGGCAUCGCCUUUAGCCCUAACUGUUCGAACCUCAAGGGUCUGCCGGAACCCGAAAUCCGACAGCGGUGGCGCCAGCCGGGGCAGGCGGAGGCGGACUUCGGGCGGUACAACAUCCGGUGCGUGGUGCGCACCAUCUACGUGCUCUUCUCCGGCCGCGAGAUCCCGGCCGCCGAGCAAGGCCAGGAGGCCAUGGACCUAGCCGACGGCUCCGCGCCCCUGCCGGAGUGGUUCACCGAGGAGGACCUCGACGUGUACGCCGCGCUCUACGAGAACUCCGGCUUCGGGUACCCGAUCAAAAUGCCGUACGGGUCGCUGGACAAGAUGGCCACCCAGCUGGAGGCCAGGUUCGAGGUGCCGGUGCUGAUGGUGAUGGGGGAGGACUACGUCAUGAAGCUGCCAGGGUUCGAGGCCGCCGUGAGGGGCGGCAUGAUGGCCGGCUUCGCGCCUGACCUCAAGGUCGCCUUCGUCCCGGAGGGCAGGCAUUUCGUGCAGGAGCAGUUCCCGACGCAGGUUAACGAGCUCCUCCUUGGUUUCUUGAAGGAUCACCCGUGA